CUGACGCGGCUGCGGGCUGAGGAGACACAAGAGAAGUCGCUGUCGCCACCGUCGGAGCUGUUGCCGUCUCCGCCGCCGCCUGGACCCUCCAACUCGCCGCCCCCACCCAGCCUGCAGCGCUAUGCCGUCCGAGAAAACCUUCAAACAGCGCCGAACCUUCGAACAAAGAGUAGAAGAUGUCCGACUUAUCCGAGAGCAGCAUCCUACCAAAAUCCCAGUAAUAAUAGAACGAUACAAAGGUGAGAAACAGCUUCCUGUCCUGGAUAAAACAAAGUUCCUGGUGCCUGAUCAUGUCAACAUGAGUGAGCUCAUCAAGAUAAUAAGAAGGCGCUUACAGCUCAAUGCUAAUCAAGCCUUCUUCCUGUUAGUGAAUGGACAUAGCAUGGUGAGUGUGUCCACUCCGAUUUGUGAAGUGUAUGAAAGCGAGAAGGAUGAAGAUGGAUUCCUGUAUAUGGUAUACGCCUCUCAGGAGACUUUUGGAAUGAAAUUAUCUGUGUAAGACUAAAAGAAAAAUGCGUCUGUUACAGAAUUUUUUAAACCCUUACCAAGGAAUAAAAAAGGGAUGUUACCAACUGAGGUUGAUCAGUUCAUCUAAUCACCGAUCAUCAAAACAGUAGUUUCCUGCCUAGGAGUUUUAGGAAGUUUUUUUUUGUACUUCAAGCAGAAAAACUGAGCUCCAAAUGAGCACAUUCAGCUUGGGGAAACUUUAUUAUUUAACCUAGGCUAUCUUGUUUUUAAAUUUAAUGUUUAAAAAUACUUUGCAUUAUAAGUUGCCAAUAAUAUAGACCUUCAAGUUAAUGUUUUUUUUCCCCCAAAAGAAAACUUGCAGUUUUGAGCAUUCAGAGAGACAUUGUCUUCUCUAGGUUCACAGAAGCUGCCAGCUUUUUAUAGAAGGGUUUGCAGUCAACUGGAGGAAUCUCCUUGAGAGGAUCUUUAAGUGUAUGUUGUCAGGUAUAGCCACCCACCCCCAAUGCAUUUGCCAUAAUAGUGGGCAAAAAGCAGGGUGAAUGGGGGUGUAUAGGAAAUAAGGAAACCGUGCUGCUGUCCAGGGUCACCACUUGCUAAUAAGUGUGUUUCAAGUUAGCACUCUCAUUCUGGAGUUCUCAUUUGGUUUGUUCUCUAGACAGUAACACAACACCACUGCUCAACAGGAACCUUGAAUAAUUUAUAAUUUUGGUCAAGUUUUUCAGAAGGCCUAGAGAAAGAGAAUGACAUUUUUUGUUUUGAAUAUUCUCUUAAGAGCUCAAAAUGGUGCCUGCUUUGGUAAAUAAACAAGCAGUUACAUGGGUUUCAUUCUUUGGGACAAAGGUAGAAAACUGCAGGAUACUGAAACUAAAAGCAUUAAAAUUCAGAUACACUUCUGCCUUUUGGCUUGUAGCUGUAGAUGAUCCAUGUUUUAUGUUGUGUUGUGACUAAAAUAUGUUAUUAAAACAUUUUUAAGAGUAUUUCAGUUAUCACUGUUAGGUCAGGCAGUCAUCAAAGUACUCCCGCUCCAUGUGCAUGUCAAUUUUGAAAAUAGCAAAAGCAAACGUUCUUCACAGAUAUUGUCAAACGUUAAACAUUUUUGAAGUCAACUAGAAUAAAUAAUGAGUGCUUCCUACUA